UGCUCAAAGCAAGAAACAAAAGAACAACUCGAUUUCUCUACUCCAUCCAUAACCACCAACAUAGACAAAGUAUCUCUCGAAGAUGGGGAAAUCACUGAAGAAAACAACUCCGCAGUUGCCUCUACGCCUGUGACAGCAGGGACCCAGCAAAGUUCCACCUCCCCAACAUGUUCGGGGCUGCCUUCUCCGGUUGAAGGCCCUGUUAGUCCAGCCGAUGCACACCAAUCUAAAGCAGCAUCCCUAUCUUCAGAGGAAUUCGAACGUGCCAAAUCUGUUGUUCUCGAUCUCCUGGGAUGGGGCGUAACCCCCGAGUACCUCGUUGAUUAUACCGACCUUCAUUUACGUCUUCCGGCCAACAUUAUCAU